AGGCAAUCUAUAAACAGCAGCUUGUUUGUCCACUCACACACACAUACGAAUUGCUUCCUUGAUGCAAAAGAUUGAUGCUUUCUGCAAACCACAAAAGCUUUCUCACAUCAGGUUGGCUGUUCAUCCAGCACAUCUCACUACUUCCAUCUCAUCUUACCUUCUUCUAUCCGACCUGGCUGUCUCUACCUGGCUCAUAAAUAUCCAUCUGUUGAAUCAUCGCCUCCUUGUCACAACCGUUUCCUAUCACCUGCAACAAAAUCACGGUUUUCAGAAAGAACUUCUUCACAUACACUCAAACCAAAGUUCGACAAUCACCAAAUCCCCAGAAAACAGUUAGUGAAAAUGCCUGUCAGCAACAUAUCUAACGCCAACCAAGCUGAUCAUGGCCACAGUGCCCAGCAAGACCAAGCCCAUCAAACCGGCGCUCUUAUUCCACCUGUCAACCUUGUCCAAGGCCAGGCCCCUGGAACCGCCCAGGAACAGCCUCCCGUUGCUCAAAACGCCAUUAUCCUAGCUCAGGCUCUCAAACCUAGCGUGCAACCUCUGGGACGACUUAGCACAACUAUGCUCACAGCUGCCAACUAUGGUUCUGCUGACAGUUCCCCAAAUAAUGGCUCAGUUCCUUUCAAUACCGCUGAAGCAGGUGCAGGCCGUGGGGUUGUCGCGCCUUCCAGAGGAGGAGUUCAUCAGCGACAGUAUCAUCCCAUGAGAAUGGUCUUUCAACCCAUAAUUCGAUACAAUAAUUCAGACCUCGAACGUGCCUUCCGUCAGGCCAGGGGAUUUUCGGACCAAUACCGCGGCGAUGUAUUCAAUGACCGUAACAUGAGUGUCAACAUUCCGGCCCACGAGAACACAUCGCUCUGGAUGGAAGGCCUUCCGGCUGGUUGUACAACCCAGCUGCUCCUUGGAGCAGUUGCCCAUGUUGGAUCGACAGGCAAGAUAUGGGCCUCCUACAUCAAUCCAGCCAACGCCGCUGACAACAAGCCGUAUGCGGCGGCAAAGAUCGUAUUCUUCUCUCGCGAAGGCGCAGAGGGCCUGCUUAGGGCCAGCCAUAACGGCAGGUUCCUGGUAGGCGGCCGUCGUCCACGCGUCACUUGGAACCGAGUCAAGACAGCAAGCCGAGGUGCCAGGGACAGCCAGAAGUCUCGAGUGGUUUUGAUCCGCGGCCCAGCCGAGUACGUCAACCAACCACGGCUGAGCCAAUGGUUUAGAGGGUUCUUCAGCUUUGAGACCGAGGUAGUCAUCCCGCGCGACUACCGGGUCAAUGAGAGAGGUCAGGCCAUACAGCUCUUGGAGUGGCGGUUCGCGAGCACCCGCUGUCAAGGUGAAGCGGCAUCCAUGGCGAUUGGCUUGGAGCUACGUGGAAUGGUAGAAUGCCGCUAUGGAUAGGACCCUUGUGCGUGAGCACCGUUUCCCACCAACUCGUCAUCGAGACCCCUUUCUUUCGGUUCCGUCCCGGGUUUGACCUGGUUCGGAGGUUUCUGUUUUCGUUUCUCAUUUUCCCGUGGCUUUUCAGACGCCGAAUGGACACAGGGCGAAGGAUUAUAAUAAGGGAAGGUGGUGGCAAGC